AUUGCGCGCUGCGCGUGCAUGUGACUGACUGAAAGUAUGGGAGCGAAACAAUCAAGGUCUCCCUGCUAGCUAGCUCUGAGUAAACGCUACGGCCGACGUUACUGUUCUUAAACGCCUCGCCAGCCCGGGUACACACACUCGCCUGUUGAGCCGCGCCUCCUGUUGCCGAGGCAGCCGUUGCCAUGGGGAAGGCCAUAUCCCAGCUGCCGAAAGGCAAAGACGACGAGAGCCGGGAGGACCUGACGUCCGCCCCGCAGUGCGGGGACUCCCACGCCGAGGACGGGAAGGACGUGUCCCAGUUCCCCUACGUGGAGUUCACCGGCCGCGACAGCGUCACCUGCCCCACCUGCCAGGGCACGGGGCGCAUCCCGCGAGGGCAGGAGAACCAGCUGGUUGCUCUGAUCCCCUACAGUGACCAGCGGCUGCGGCCCAGGAGAACAAAGCUGUACGUGACGGCGUCUGUGGCCGUCUGUCUCCUCCUCUCCGGCCUGGCCGUCUUCUUCCUCUUCCCACGCUCCAUCGACGUCUCCUACGUCGGAGUCAAGACCGUGUUCGUCAACUACGACCAGAGCAAGAGGAUCGUCUACCUCAACGUCACGAACACUCUGAACAUCACCAACAACAACUACUACUCGGUGGAGGUGGCCAACAUCACAGCGCAGGUGCAGUUCGCCAAGACGGUGAUCGGGAAGUCCCGCAUCAGCAACGUCACCAGCAUCCGCCCCCUGGACAUGCAGCAGAUCGACUACAUGGUUCCCACCGUCAUCGCUGACGACAUGAGCUACAUGUAUGAUUACUGCACUCUGCAGACUAUCAAGGUUCACAACAUCGUGGUCAUGAUGCAGGUGACGGUCACCACGGCGUACUUCGGCCAUGCCGAGCAGGUGUCUCAGGAGAUGUACCAGUACGUCGACUGCGGUGGAAACACCACCUCCCUACACGGCCACGCCCAGGUGUCCAGUGUCCUGACCCACCCAGAAUAACAGCACCCCCACCCCCCCUCGACGCCCGCCUGUGCCCCACCCCCACCCCCCCACCCCCGCUGCCCUCCUCAGCCCCAGCCCCACCUGGGCACUUCUUCCGGAAGGUUCCGCCGUCUUAAUAUUUCAUACUUACAACAAAAAGCAACAACAACGACGACUAAAGAUGUCCUGCCGUUUGGGGGUGCCAAAAUGGCGCUCGGUGCCAAAAUGCAGCAGUGGUUUAAGGGUGAGUACCUGGGAUAGGCUGGUCGGGCCAGGGAGGCCAGGGAGGCCAGGGAGGCCAGGUUUGGGUAGGCGAGAUUAGGCUCCCCAAUUCCACUGGAAAUUCAGCGGUUUUCCGGAAGGAGAUUUUAUUAAAGGGAAUGAUUUUUUUCAACACGCACUUUAGAUGACCGGCGACGAGCUACAGGAGAGGAGCUGUCGCGAAUGCCAGCCCGUUCUCACAGUUCAGCUCCGGCGCUACUCAGAAGCACUUCGGCAAAACCACUUUCUGCGUCUGUAUAUACACUUAUUCUUUUUCUUGUUUUAAGAAAAACAACAAAAAACUUUUCUUGUGGUGUAAGUUUGAACUGGUGCUUGUGAAGUUGUCUUUUUUCAGAUGGUGGGAUAAACAUCCAAAACCAGUUGCUUUGUUUUUUGUUUUUUUGUUGUUUUUUUUGGGGGGGGGGUUUGAGGGUCCUCAAUUCAAAUCAUGCAUUCAAAGUUAUUGUGGCUACUGACAACCACCUCAUUACCUCAAGGCGGGGCUGACGAGGUUUGGAGCGAUGCGUCAUCAGAGAAACAAGACGGCAUCUCAGCCAAUCAGAGUACGUUGGUGAAAACUAAUGUGACCUUGGCCAAUCACAGAGUUCAGUGGUGAAAACUAAUGUGACCUUGGCCAAUCACAGAGUUCAGUGGUGAAAACUAAUGUGACCUUGGCCAAUCACAGAGUUCAGUGGUGAAAACUAAUUUAGCCUCAGCCAAUCACAGAGUACACUGAUGAAAUCUAAUUUGGGUGGGAGUAUUGCCGUUUGGUGGAUGCUCUUGUUCACCGAUCACUUUCUGAUCUCGUUUCUAUUUGUUAGCAGUUUGGUGUCCGACGUGCAGUUCUCUUAUACUGUGAGGAAAAGUGCCUCACACAAGGGCACGUACGCCCCAGCUGCCAGUCGAACCCGCAGCCGUAGCGCUACAAGCUCAGUCCCUUCUCCCGUUACACCCCCGUUCCUCAAAUCAGGGCGCCAGAAAAGAAAACCAGGGCUGGAUUUUAGGGCCGUAUUUGAUGAUCCCAGCGUUACGCUAAUGAACUGCUCAUCAGUGGAACAGGAGUCAUGGUAACUGACGGACACCUCCUGCGAACACAUCCCCGGAUAUUGGCACCCAGAAUUGUCCUCUAAUCGGCAUCAGGGUUGUUGUGCUUACCAUCGUACUCUGUGAUUGGUGGGCGGUUGCUCUCUGGUUUCUGAGCAGGAAGUGAUGGCGUGUCUGUUCCACGUCUCCAUGGUCACCCCCGUUUCCCCCUGACCUCUCUGUGUUCUGCUCACGCGAGCAAUCGAUGACUGCGUUGAGUCUCUCUUAGCCGUUGAGUCUCUCUUAGACGCCGAACAUACCCUACCGAGCUGCCAAAGUCUCUUGCAUGUCACACAUUGUGCUACAUCGAAAUGGAGAUCAGCCUGGGAUUUAGUGUGAGGAGUGUGCUAGUAUGACUUGUGUUGAGUCAUACUAGCCGUGUGUUGGCAGCGUGUCGGUGUGGCCUUGGCGUUUGCACUGCUGUUGUGUAGGGUAUGUUUCGGACCUGAGGGGACGGACCGGCGUUACAAGGUAUGUUUUGGAUAAGCUUUGGAUUGUGGGUAAAUCUCUACCGUGUGGAGUUGGGUAAGCGUAAUGGCGGCUCAAACGGAAUGUCUAUUUACUGCCAGUAUCAAGGGACAGCUUCCCGCUUCAGCGUUACCGUAGUUACCACAGUUCCUCCGCCCUGUCUGUUUGCACAGAACGAACCAUUCGCAUCUAAUAGUAUUUUUUUUUUUUUUUCAUAGUGUUAUAUUGUAGGCUACGGACAUUUUAAUAAGCUGAGAACCUCUACCUGUCGGAAAUGAGUUUAAAAUGUUCGCUCUUCCGUUAUGUAUGCGUUUAACACCCCUGUUGGCCGUGAAGCUGCAAUUUAACGCGUGCGUGACCUAUUGGAAAUUUGUGCGCACACAAACGCCAUUACCUCCCCCUACUGGCUAUUUUGUGGAUGUGCAGUUUUUUUUUGCGUUUCAAAAUUGCGAUUGGCCCGGUUUCCUGACUGCACGACCUUAUUGAAGAUUGGCCGAGAAUUGAAUUCAGAUGAGACAUUCCAUUUCUUGUGAGCGUUUUCUAAAAUGUAUUUAUUUUUAAAGAUUAAUAAAUUGCUUACAAAUCGAGGGGGAAAAAAUGUAGACGUUUUCAGUGAAGGGACUAUUUAAAAUCAACCUAGCACAGAUUUCAGAGUAAGGUUUGUUUUGCAGGAUUUCUUAAAUCUUUUAACAGCAAGUCUGUUUAAAACUGCAUCUUUACCUCUAUUCUUUCUUACAAAGGAUGUGGGCAUCCUAACAUUUUUAAAAAUAAACAUUUUUUAAAGAAAUGUGCAAGAACAUGUUUCUGAAGGAGUAAGCUGGUAUUCACUAAAUUCAUGUGUUUAUUUUGUGUGGUAGGUUUUUUUAGACAUGUAUGUAUACGCAAAUGGACACCUUGGUUGUACACUCUUAUGGGAAUGAAUACUUUUCUGGGACUUUGUGAUUAAAUCCCAAAAUCAUUUGAUUAGCUAUGUUUGAAACUUGAGCGUACAUUUUGUAUAGUUUUUGCUGUUUUUUUUUUUUUUUUUUUUUUUUUUUUUGCACAUGUCCUGUUAUUGUUCCAUCGGACCUUUGGAUGGGACUCGAUGCACCGGGUUUGACUCGAUCGUGGUGAAUCAGUCACACCUGCGCGGAAUCUCAGAUGAGCUUCAGAGUCGUGCUCAUUAUGGUUGUGGUCCACUGAUCGGCAUGAGAAGUGAUUUUCUCUGAAAGCUUCUGUUUUGCAGUGGGUUAAAAAUGCAAUAAAGUCAUUUAAGCAUUAA